GCUGUCACCACAGCUACGCCAUAUCCUAGCAGAACUUUCUUGGGAAACCUGUGUUACGCAUUCUAGCGGCAGCACGGUACCUCCCAGGACCCCGGAGCCUGUAUUCGGCUUCCAAACCUCUUGAACUUUCUAAAACCUAAAUCAAUUUUCUCUUUUUGGAUGUUGUGAUAAGCAGCUUCAGAUUAGGAAAAUGUGGAGGGCUGUGAUCGGCGCCUUCCUCUUGUCGUGUAUGCUUGCUGUAUAUGCUCAGGAUGGUGAAAGUGAAUGUUUUGAUGCCCAGCUCAACCCGGUGCCGGAGGGACGACGUUGGAUACCUGAUGCGAAUGACCCCUGUUACAUCUGCCGCUGUAUGAAGAGCAAAGCUGUGUGCAAACAGAAGACAUGUAGACCAGUCGGCCGGUGUAAGAACGGGGCAGAGGCCAUCCAGCCCGAGGGAGAAUGUUGUCCGAAAUGCCCAGAUGGAGUUGAGGUUGAGAAGAAAGUGGCACAGGAGCCUGUGAAAAAAGAGACUGUAACAGUAGAGAAACCAAGACAGGACACUUCUAAUACGGUACGAGAUUCCAGCUCCGUGCAGUCCAACCAAAAGGCCGGACCCGCAUACUAUCCUCAACAGUACGCGGUUGCUGCUGCCAUUCCAGGACCACGAGGACCCCCAGGACCGCCAGGACCCCCAGGACCUCAAGGAUUCCAAGGCAUGAGAGGCCAAGCAGGUGAACCCGGUCCUUCGGGACAACCCGGUAUGAGAGGAUUUCCAGGACCUCCAGGUCCCCAGGGUCUUGAUGGAGAUGAAGGAAGUCCAGGAGAAGUAGGACCGCCUGGGGCUGUUGGACCUCCAGGUCCAUCUGGACGACCAGGAAUGCCAGGAAUGCCAGGAAUGAAGGGACACAGGGGAGCACCAGGUCGCCCAGGCCAAUCUGGAGAACAGGGAAAGCAAGGAGACAGUGGUAACCCCGGACCCCCUGGCCCCGCUGGUGGCCCCGGACAACAAGGAGCUAGAGGAGCCCCAGGAGAGAGAGGCCGAGACGGCUCACCAGGACCAGCAGGAAUGCGUGGAGAGGAUGGCUCAGCGGGCCAGCCAGGAUCCCCCGGUCCCACUGGUCCCCCCGGACCCCCAGGAUUCCCAGGAACACCAGGAUCAAAGGGAGAUGCAGGCAUGCAUGGUGAGCGCGGCCGUAUGGGGGCUAACGGAGCCCCUGGUAAGGAUGGUGUGGCUGGUAUUCCAGGAUCCCCUGGCCGCCCGGGACCUUCGGGAGAAGAUGGCUCCCCUGGGACCAAGGGAGACACUGGACUGGCAGGAUCCCCUGGAAACCCUGGAUUCCCAGGACCACAAGGACCUCCUGGGGCUGCUGGUAUUCCUGGCAGCCAAGGAUCAAAGGGAGAUGCUGGUCGUGAUGGUAGUCCUGGUAAUGCUGGAGAGCCUGGACAAACUGGCCCACCUGGACCAAACGGUGAGCGAGGACUGCCUGGACUGCCCGGAGUUGAAGGAAAGAGGGGAGCAACAGGCCCCCCUGGUUCCACGGGCCCUGCUGGGUCUGCAGGAGAACGGGGAGAACCUGGAAUGCAGGGAACCCCUGGACGACCGGGAUUCGGAGGAGCCCCUGGAAAAGAUGGUCCAAGAGGACAGACUGGUUCCCGGGGUGAUUCUGGCCCUCCAGGUUUGGCUGGAGCUAUUGGACCACCAGGACCUCCAGGAAUGAGGGGAAGUCCCGGCCACCCUGGACAGGAUGGAGCCCCAGGUGAACGUGGCCCUACAGGCAAUGCUGGUUUAGAUGGUACCCCAGGAGAGCAAGGACCUCAGGGAAUUGCAGGACCGCCAGGACUACAAGGACCCCAGGGUAUCAAGGGAGAAACGGGAGCUGGUGGCCGAGAUGGGGAGACGGGACGGCCCGGGAUCCAAGGACCCCGUGGGGAGCGUGGACCCUCCGGAGAAUCUGGACCAGAAGGACCUCCAGGAGCAACUGGACCUGCUGGAGAGACCGGCCAAACUGGAUCCCCUGGAGAGGCUGGAUUCCAGGGUCUGCCUGGACCUGGAGGACCCCCCGGUGAGGCCGGCAGGACUGGAAGCCCUGGGGAACCUGGAGUACCGGGUGAGGCUGGCACUCCUGGAGAGAGGGGAGAGCGUGGUCAUUCUGGAGAGACCGGUCAACCAGGACCGAGAGGAGCGGCCGGAGAGCGUGGUCAGCGAGGUCCAUCAGGAGAGAUGGGGAUGUCCGGUCCACCAGGUCCCUCGGGAGAGAGAGGCAAUCCGGGCACACAGGGACUUCCGGGUAUUCAAGGAGAAAGAGGAAUGAUUGGUCGUACAGGACAGAGAGGAGCAAGGGGCCCUGCAGGUGAGCGUGGUAACGAUGGUGAACCAGGAGCCCCAGGAGAACCAGGUACACCUGGUGUGGUUGGAGCCCCGGGUCCGUCUGGUCUGGUGGCAGCCAAGGGUGAGCGCGGUGAGUCUGGGCCAUCUGGUGAGCCAGGUCCUCCAGGAUCUUCAGGACAACGAGGACCAGCUGGUCCUCAGGGACAACAAGGACCUCCAGGAUUGUCUGGGCCACCAGGAGAGACUGGACAAUUGGGAUCUGAUGGUGCUCCUGGUGAAAAGGGAGAAACUGGUACACGUGGAUACCCAGGUGAACAGGGACAGAUUGGUGCACCAGGAAAAGAUGGCAGAGAAGGCAGGAAGGGAUCCCGAGGAACAUCAGGUUCUGCAGGAAGUGCUGGAACCCCCGGAGACCCAGGCCGACCGGGACCUCCAGGCUCCCCUGGAGCCCAGGGACCACCAGGAAUAUCAGGAGCUGCUGGCAAAGCCGGAGACAGGGGCCCACCAGGACAACCAGGAGCAGUUGGUCCCCAGGGAGAGCGAGGAUCUCCAGGAUUCCCAGGAGCACAGGGAGAGGCUGGUCCUGCAGGACAGGCUGGAGAAACGGGAGAGAUUGGAGCACCUGGCCGUGAUGGUAAAGACGGACCUACAGGUCCACCAGGCUUCCCCGGACCUGCUGGCGCUUCUGGACCUCCAGGCGAGCCAGGUCCUACUGGUUCUUCUGGCAAAGAUGGACUUCCUGGACCUCCUGGUAAAUCUGGGGAACGAGGAUCCCGUGGGGCUAGGGGACAAUCCGGACCGCCUGGACUCAAUGGACCAAUCGGAGCCCCUGGACCCAGUGGACCAGCUGGAUCUAACGGAGAGCGUGGAGAGAGGGGAGAGAGAGGCCAGCAAGGACCAAUGGGUUCAAGAGGAGCACAAGGUCUUCAAGGAGUACAAGGAAUGAAGGGUGAACAAGGAGAUAGGGGUGAAAAUGGUGCUAAGGGAGACAAAGGAUGGCCAGGCAUGCCAGGUGGUCAAGGUCGUCCUGGGCCGGCCGGAAACAAUGGAGAAAUGGGACCACCAGGACCUGCGGGAAUAGCAGGAAAACCAGGUCAGUCAGGCAGACGUGGAUCACCAGGAAAGCCUGGAUCACCAGGACAGAUGGGCCGACCAGGAUCUUCAGGACCAAGAGGACCAUCAGGAGACUUGGGACCACCAGGACAGCCAGGCCGACCAGGACCCCCAGGACCCCCAGGUCCUCCAGGCUAUGCACCAGUCUAUGCACCUCGACAGCAGCAGAGCAAGGGACCCGAUCCAUAUUAUCAAUAUGACCAGCCAUAUGCACCCAUGCCAACGUCUGUGAUAUUUGACCACGAGAAUCUUCAGAUUGUCAAGGAAGCCAUUAUCCGUGCUGGCCGAGCAUCUGGCGCCCGCCACUCACCCUCUGUCACAUGCAGACACAUCAAAGAGGACUUCCCAGACUCCAAGGAUGGAAAAUAUUGGAUUGAUCCUGAUGGUGAUUCUGGACAGAAUGCGAUGGAGGUGACAUGCAAGAUGGACACCAUGGAAACCUGCAUUGUCCCAAGCCCCGACGAGUUUGCACCAGACAAGUGGACAAAGAACAACAGACCUGGACAAUUCUUUAUGGAGGACAUUAACAAUGACAAAGAAUUCUGGUACAAGAUUGAGUCUUCCCAGCUCAACUUCCUGCAGCUGCACUCCGCUCAGGCUACACAAUCCAUCACUUACAACUGUUUCAACUCGAAUGCCUAUGGCACCAGGCUUAUAUCGGCUACAGGGGAGGAGCUGGACACCGCUGACGGGAGGUUCAGAAAAUCUACAUUUAUAACAACAGUACAGGACGAGUGUGAUAUGCCAAAUGCGAAAAACAACCAAUGGCACAAGAGUGUAUUUGAAGUAAAAACCAACCAAACAACAUUACUGCCAAUCUCUGACCUCCUACUGUUUGACAUUGGGGCAGAAAACCAACAGUUUGGAAUAGAAAUUGGAGAAGUCUGUUUCAGAUAAACAUUUUGUGCAAUUUAGACUUAUAUAUAUUCUUGUUAGAUGAGUGCAACAGUGGGGCCAAGAUAUUUCUUUAGUAUUUACCGGAGUAUUAUUAAUAUGGUUACUCAGCCCAUUCGAAAUCCGUCCAUUAUCGUAACGAAUGUAAGUUAGUAUAUGUCUUCAACAGUGCCUUAUGUAACAUGCACGUUGGUGUAUUAGCAAGAGAAAAACUGUGAUGCACACACAACGUAUUAAACUGUGAUAAACUAUCCACCUACACUUCACUGCCAAAGAUUUAUCCGUGAGCUGUGCAUUAUGGAAAAUAUGUCCACGUCUUCUUAAAAUACUAUUCUAUAAUGACAAUCAUUGUGAAAAUCAACUUCAUUAUUAAAAUAAAGGUUGGUGUUUGUUUCGGCAUCAGGCCGAAUGAUUAAUAAAAAAGUUAAAAUGUA